CAAUUGGAUUGAAGUUUAUUUGAUACCAGAUCGUGCAGGAGAAUCGUGCAUACUAUGGGCUUUACCGACUGCUGCGAUCCAGAAGACUUCGAGCUCGCACGAAAUGUGAGGAAUAAUAUCGCACAUUAAUUCGCCCGGUGGUCCUCUAUGGAGUCCUGGACCAUCCGAGCGUAGGAUGCAAACGCUCUAGGCCUGUUUGAGCGACGCAUCCUACGAACCAUCUUUGACGGUAUGUUCGAGCAUGGAGCGUGGAGAAGGAUGAACCACGAGCUUGUUUAGCUGUACGGCGAACCGAGGAUACGAUGGCCGAAGCAUGUCAUGAGAAUGCCGGACUCAUGUCCCAGAAGGUUUUUGGUUGUCGGAGCAAUCCGGUUAUAGCUACCAGAGCGGAACAACUUGCAAUGGAUUAAUGUGUAACCGGACAACUCCGGGUGAUUUCGGACGACUCCGACUCCGGACAAAUCUGGACGACACCGAAUGACUACGAUUCCGGAUGACUCGGACGGCUGUGGGUGUGCUCCAGAGAGCACAUCACUAGUUGAGGGUUGUUAGAACAUGAACGUAAGAAUGUAGUCUUGCACGGAAGAAUCUUAAGACUAUUAUGUGAUUUAGAAUGUCUAAAUUAACACAUUCAAAUAAAACAGUUUUUUUGCGGGCAGCUGUAGAAAUUGUAUGUGCGCAGGUUUUUUUAAAAGUAUAUUUUUCAGGGCUCUGCGAAGUCUUUAUUUGCAGGAAUAAUGUGGCAUUCGUGCUGUAUCAGUUUUAGUAAAAUUUAUAUAAGCAAAAUAAUGGAAAAAGAAUGUGGUAGAGAGCAUUUAUAUUCAUUAUACAGAUGGUGGUAGAGAAAUGAUGGUGGUGACAACAGGGUAUGCUUGUGCAUGAUGAGUAUGUAAUUUGUGACCCAGCUCACGCUAGAUGAAUUCUACCUCACUCUGUAGCAUAGAUGGCUGGGGUACGGAGCAGUUUUUUUUACUAUGGAUUUGCUAUUGUCUGGGCGUUCUGGCUUGGUGUCACACAUGUUGACUAAUGCUGCACCCGUUUGUUGCCGUAUGACUAUUUUCCCCGUUGUUCGUCACUCCCGGGAAAAUUGAAAAUUCCAAUGCGUGAACAUUGUGCAAUGCUUAGCUGUGCAUGGGAAGGGAUAGCUGAGUAGCAAGGAAAGAGAGGGUGCGGGGUUGAUUUGGUUGUGGAAUGAGUUUUUUUUUGUAUUUUCGUUACGUUCUGGUGAUUUCUAGCGUUUAAUGAUGUUACUGACACGCUAUACCUGCAGGUUUAAAAAGUUUGUUUAGUCUUGUGGUAACGCUGUCCCUAUUCAGACGUGGUUCUGUUACAUGUUGCGCUAGAUAUUGAGAUAUUUGCAGAUAUCCGACACAUACUAAAAGUUUUGUUCCUUUUGUCAAAUGAGCCUAGUUGAUAUAUGUGCCAAGGUCCGAGCUAAAAUAAAUUCAGCAUUAUAGUCGAUAUCAAAAAUAGCAAUACUUGCAUCAAUGGAUAUGACGGAAUGGAAAUGUUUCGUCAUCUUAGGACUGGUGUUAAUUAAUUAUCACGUAGGAAUGAGUAAAGCGGAAGAUAAAAAUACGGAACAACUGGCAGACCAUAAUGUAACACUAGUAAUAACUGACAUAGUUGAAAUGAAACAAGGGGCUGUUAAGCAGCCUGUAAAAGAUUGGAGAGAUCCGCUAUAUCGCAAGAAUCAGCUUGCAAAUACACCAACAUAUUUGCGGCCAAAUGUUAAGGAAGUUUUUAUGUCAAUGCAAACUCGUGUAAAACGAGAGCUUCAAAAUAUAGCUACUGAAACUCACACGAAAACAGAAGAUGGUGACGAAAAUUUACCUGUGCCCGAAAAACAAUCAAUGAAUACGCAGCCCAUAAUGCGAAAAGAAGCAUGGGUAAAACCAGCACAGAUGCAUCUAGAGUUUCAAUCAAAAAAAGUAAAAGAAGAAAUCGAUUCCGACGCUGAAGAAUCAAUAUUAAUCCAAGAGGGCAUAAAGUCACGUGCUCCAAAAGUAAACUUUAUCACACAACAAAGAAAAAGUGGUUUCACGCCAUCAGACACUCUGGAAAGAACGAAUGAUAAGUUGAUACAAGAGUUGUAUAAGAAACCACAGAGAAGUCUGAACUAUGAACAUCCAUGGACAUAUGAUUCAUUUAUGGCCACAUCUCAAUCUCCGAUGUAUCCUCAAAUUCACAACAAGUACGAUUCAUUUCAUCGUGACAUGAUUAACCGCAUGCAUCCUCCAGCACCGCAUCACUUCGACCAUUACUACGAGCGUCGGCAUGACGUAGAAUACGAUUCGUAUUUCCCUCGAUACAAAUUUCCUUAUUAUUACUAUUAUCCGGAUAUGCGUUAUGACGUUCCGUUGCACUAUAGAGAUAGGAACAAUCUUUACCCAACUGAACAGUUGACACGCGCCAUUCCUUCAUAUAACAGACCUUUGCCAACCACCGUGGUUCCGCCAACAAUGCGUAAUCGUCGUAUAAUAUAUUUCGCAACAUUGCCGGAAAUAGUCCGUAAACAUCCAAAAGAGAACAUCAUGAACGAUCGUUUAUAUCAAGGAGAUCGAUAUAGUACUUAUACUAUGAAAUAUUUCUAUCCCUCAAGCGCCUACAAAUAUCCUCGGCCUGCAAAAAAAGCAAACAAAGAUGAUAAGUACGUCAGUUCGAAGCCAAUAAAAAUUGUACGUGAGGCAGAUGUCAUUGAAAAUAGACAAUCUUCAAUAAGAGAUCUACAGAAAAUUAAUCUAGAGCUACAACCAAAAACAUCGGCUAACUUCCGAGGAUGAAUGAAUGCAUCGUUCGACGCAAGAACAUCUUUGCUCGGAAUGAGGCGAUUUUCAUGAUGAUAAUUUUAUUAUGCGUGGAUCGUUCUUCGUAAUUAAUUCUAUGUAUGUAGUAUGUUAUUUUUCUGACAAUAAGGGCAACUACGUGCAUAAAUUUAGUUCAUUUUUUCUGUGUAUUUUUUUUUCAAAUAAGUUUUAACGGUAUGUUCUCAAUUACAAACUAUAUUAUCUGAAACUUUAACACUUUGCAAAUUACAGUUCACAAAUAUGAAAUUGCAACAUGUGCGUCGAAUUUCUUUUAAAAAAAGUUAAGAAAGGAACCCGUAAGCUUUUAUCGUUCAUGUUUUUCAUAAGUUUAACAGUCGCUGUUAGCGAAACUUGGUUGCAUUUGGUACAGUAACAUAAUUUCAUAUAUAUUUUUUUAGAAAAUGUUCAUAUUAAUGGUUCAUAGUUUCAGCAACCUUCUUCUUUUUUGGCGCAACAAUUGUUAUCGGUCAAGGUUUGCCUGUAUGUCUGAGAGCUGCAUAUCUCGGGAACAGACUGUAAUUCAUUGAAGAACCCCUUUUUUUAAUUAUCGAAAUUUUAAAUUUUGCACAUGUUAUAGUUAGUUGGGUUUCGGUGUGGUUUUCUUGCGUGUGCCUUAUUAAUUAUGUCAAUCCUUUGCAAUCGUCGUUGGCGAAAAAUGUACGAUAAUUAUCACACAUCGCGAAAGAAUUUCACGCUUUUAUGUACGUGUCCACGUACUUCGGAAUCAUUGGAUCAUUAGUUUUCAACAAUAAUGAUGAAGUUUGAACAUUAAUUUGAUAACGUGGGAGAGGUGGGCAAAAUACAAAACGGAACAUGCUA